CGGCGCCCAUCCGUAUCGGUUGUACAACCCGAAGUCCAUCGCAACACAGCAUCCCGCUCCGCGCCAACACCAAGCCAUAUUUCUGCCAAGCAUGGCACCGGCAACGCCAUGGCCGCCGGUCCCAACCGUUGCCGAGGUCAUCAAGCACCCGGCCUUCCCAACCGCCAUGUGGAAGCUCGAGCCGGACCGCCAAGGGUUAGCGCCCGUCGCAGAAGGCCGCGGCGGACCGAUCAACAUUAGCUGGGAAAUCCGUUUGUUCGAUCCGGACCCCCGAUCAUGAACAACAAAACAUAGGCUGACAUAAUCACCACUGCAAAGAUGGCUCCGGUCCGAUCAAGCUCAUCCUCAUUAUGGGUCUCGGCGGCCUCAAGAACGCCUGGCAACGCCAGACGCUCCAUUUCGGCCACGAGCGCCGUGAUGAGUAUUCCGUCCUGCUCAUUGACAACCGCGGCAUGGGCGACAGCGACAAGCCGCUGAUGCGGUACAGCACGAGCGAGAUGGCGCGCGACAUUGCCGAGGUGCUGGUCCACGUCAACUGGCUGCCCUCUUUCCCCCUGGACCCAUCAUCAUCAUCUUCACCAUCAUCCCUACCACCUUCACGCAGCCUGCACGUGGUGGGCAUCUCGAUGGGGGGCAUGAUCGCGCAGGAACUAGCCUGCCUGAUCCCGUCCGCCAUCAGCUCGCUCUCGCUGAUCUGCACCGCGGCGGCCAUCGAAAACACCACCACCUUCGCCGAGAACAUGGCCAACCGCAUGUCAAUGCUGGUGCCGAAGACCAUGGACCGGUCCGUGGCCGACGCCGCGCGGCAGCUGUUCGCCCGGGCCUGGCUGCCCCUGCCGGACGACGUGCACCUACCCUCGCCGGCCACAACACCGUACUGCUCGCCGCCGGGCCCAGACAGCAGCAGCGAGUACCUGCGGUUUCCGAGCAACGCGCACCGGUUCGUGGCGCAGGAGGUGCACAAGCGGCUGGACCCGGCGCGGUUCGGGCUCAAGGGCUUCCUCCUGCAGCUGAUCGCCGCCGGGUGGCACAGGAAGAGCCCCGCGCAGCUGGCCGACAUGGCCGAUGCUGUCGGGCGCGAGCGCAUCCUGGUCAUGCACGGCACCGAGGACGGCAUGAUCAGCGUGCCGCAUGGCCGAAAGCUGAUCGAGUUCCUGCGUCCCGGGCGCGGCAUGAUCAUUGACGGCAUGGGCCACGCGCCGUUGGUGGAGAGAUGGGAGUGGUUCAACGGGGUCGUUGAGGAGAUGUGUAAGCUUGGGGAGCGGUUGGAUGGGCGGUAGGGUACUUAAUUAUUGCUACAGUGACUGGCUUGGGGUGAGAUUGGUGGCGUUUGUUAGAUCAUAGAGCAUAUGAGGUGCUGUGGGUAGAAAUUUGAGUCCUGUUUUUAGCAUUGCCACACGCUUGCUGUUCCUCAGCAACA